CGUGGAGGCGUCGUGGUGAGGCGCAAGCAGCGGCUGCUCGUCAGGUUUGUACCUCACCACGAAGUUCAGAGGGGUGGCGCACUGAGGGGAGAGGACACGUUAGGCAGCAGCAGCAGCAGCAUACACACUAUUCACUUCAUCCAUGGGGUAGAGUUACAGGGGAGUUGUCGAAUAACACAUUGACACUAUGGCGGACAGCGACUCCGGUGAUCGCUACGAGUUUGAUGCCCCAUCGCACGUAGUGGACAUGCUAAUGUUAGCAGAGCAGAAGGCUGAGGGCGAGGACACGUGGUUUGAACAACAGACCAGUGAUGGCCGCCUUGUUACUCCUCUGAGGACUGACAAAUCCUUCAGGAACAUCCAUGACCUGGACCUGCGUCGAGCCAUCGUAGCCCCGCAGAUCAAGGUCGACGACAUCCCAGCUCCUAUUCCACCCCCACCCCCACCCCCACCCCCAUCUCCAACUCCACCUGCUAACCUGGUCUCCUCCUGGGGAGCUGGGUCUCCAGCUCGCACUGGUGCGCGCUCAAAGAAGACCUCUAAUCCCCCAGCACCUCGCAGGGUUUUAAAGCGUAAAGAGGCGUCCAGUGGUCCCGCUCCACCCUUAAAGAAGCACAAAAAAACUCCUGAACCCCGAAAGUCCAGCAGUGUGCUCCGCCGCAGUAAAUGCCCGCAGAACAGCAGGACGGCGCCUAAGAGCCAGGCAGCAGCUUCAGCUACUUCAAACACUUCAAACACAGAGCCAUCUAGCUCUGAAGACCAAGAGAUGGAGCGCAUCAGGACCCUGCAGAAUGAAGUGGCUCUGCAUCGGAAGCAGAACGAGGCCAGCUACAAAGCGGCUCUGGCUGGCAACCCACCACCAAAGAAGAUGGUCCUGUCGGCGACGGUGCCCCAAGAGUUCCACUUCAACACAAACUCUCGUCACAAGGCGAGCACUUCAUCCUGCGGCGCACAGAAGGAAGUGGACUUUAUCAGCCAGCUGCGCAAACCCUGCUCCCCUACAAAGGCUCUGAAAUGCAGCACCGUGCCCAAACCCUUCAACCUGUACACAGGCAAGAAGAAGGAGGCAGAGGGGCCGGACGCAGAGGGGCCGGACGCAGAGGGGCCGGACGCAGAGGGGCCGGACGCCUAUGUGCCCAUGGCGCAGCAGAUCCAGCAGUUCCAGAAUCGAACCCCCGAUCGCUACCAUCUGCGCAGUCGCAAGAGUAUAAACAAAGAGGGGGUUGAAGGGCCACUUACUGACAUCCCGUGUUCUUCAGGACCCUCGGGGUUGAAGGGGGAUAAGCUGAAACUCACCCAGUCACACACCCCUCACUUGAUGACCCACCGGAGGAACCGCCCCACCGUCACCAAGAGCAGCGCUGAGCUGGAGGAGGAAGAGCUGGAGAAACAGCAGAAGUUUAAAAUCAUCGCCUUGGAGCUGAACCGGAAGAUCCUGGAGAGCGCAGAGUGCCUGAAGAGACCCCCAGUGAAGGAGUCCACAGUGCCUGAAGGCUUCCAGCUGCAGAUUGACAAGAGGCUGCAUGAGAGGCAGACCAAGAGGCCCCAGGAGGCCGAGGAGAAGCAUCCCAGCUUCAGAGCCCAGCCGCUGCCCAGAAAGAUCCUGGAGGGAGUCGUGGGUCUGCCAGACAAGAAGGUUCUGCAACCGACGGUGCCAGAGUCUCCAGCCUUCAUCCUGAAGAAAAGGGUCCGUGUGGAGAAGGUGGAGGAGGUAAAGCAGCCCUCGCCCAUCAAGGCCCCCCCAGUGCCUCACUUUGGGCUCCCCUUCCUGCCCCAGCUGCAGGAGAACCACCACGUGGAGGUGUGUCCGUUCUCCUUCGAAGAGCGGGACCGAGAGAGGAGGGCCCUGAAGGAGAAAAAGCUGGAGGAGAAGCGCAAUGAAGAGGUGCCUCACUUCAAGGCCCAGCCGCUGCCCGCCUUUGACGCCGUGCUCCUCCCCGAGAAGAAGAGGCUGGAGCCCACCAAGCCCGAGCCCUUCAAGCUGCUGCUGGACGAGCGGGGGGCCGUGAAGAGCAGUCGCACAGAGCAGAUGGCCAAAGAGGAGCAGAAGCGUGAGGAGGCUGCAUUAUUCAAAGCCAGGCCCAACACUGUCACUCAUAAAGAGCCUUUCCAGCCUAAAAAAGGCCUGCGGGCUCCAGUGGUCGUGGAGGCCUUUGCGCUGUCGACCGAGAGGCGGGCCCACGAGCGCCAGGAGUUUGAGCGUCUGGCCAAUGACAAGGAGGCUCUCAGGAUGCUGAUGGAGGAGCAGCAGAGACAAGAGGUGGAGCAGAGGGAGAAGGACGACGUCACCAAGAUGCGGAAUGACCAGGUUCACGCUGCUCAGCCCAUCAGACACUACAAACCUGUGGCCGUGAAGAAGAGUGAUGUCCCCCUCACCAUCCCCCACUCCCCAAACUUCUCUGACCGCUUCCGCCUGUGAUCAGGACUCACUCUUUAUUUAACCACUUCAGACAUUGUUGAACGUUUCCCAUUAGUGUGGCACGCUGGAUGUGUUUGAGAUGCCAGGAGCUGCCUUUACUGUCUUGUUAUCUGUUUAGCUUUAGCCACCUGCUGUACAUUAACACUUUUCUAUCAGUGCUUUCAUGUCUUGCCCACACUAUCAUUCCAAGCAGCAUAUUCUAUCCUUUUGCUUCUUUUAUAUACUGCUUUUAAUCAAUAAAGUGUAAGAAUUCCAAAUAAC